AUGCCCAAUCUUGAUCAGACGAUAGUUGAUGAACAGACGAUGGAAGAACCUGAUCAGACGACAAAUGAAGCUCAGAUGAAUCCUGACGCUCAGACGAUACAAGAAGAGCACAUACAAUUUGAGCCCAAACGAUCAACAAGGACAAAAUUGCCUUUUUCAAACUAUCCUCCAGACGAAUAUGUUACACUCACAGAAGUGUUAGAAAUGUAG